AUGCCGUCUCUGUCCCUAUCAACAGUAUCCUCCUCCUCCCUGGAUACAAAUGACGCCGACUCGGCGAAGACUAUCGACAGUUCCGUGUCACUCUCGCUGGACGAGGCAGCGAGGGACUGUGAUUCGCACCUACCAUUCGAAAUCCCGGGUGCUGAAGUGUUGACUGCCCCCUCUGUUUCUGUCCUUCGAAAAACUGCGAACGAUGUCUGCAAUCGAAUCAACUCCGACACGUCUUACUCGAACCAGUUUAUCAUCGUGUCAAACAUAUCCCAGCCUCUACAGGAGCUUAUAGGUGGAGAUCGAAAUCCCCUUAAGAUUCCCUAUAGGUUGACACUCGACACACAACACCAGCAAGGGGUUAUCCGAAUAAUACCCUCAGGAGCUCAUGAGCGUGUAACGCGGUCAUUUUCAAACAAACUCGUCGCAAAGUUGCUCGAAAUGGGAAUUGAUCCAGACGAUUACACUAUGAACUCGGCCACCCGGUACCACGGAAAAUCAUGCGACAAAGAAGCCGACGAGUCUCUUACUCCGUCAAGGAAUCCUUCUGAAGGCGAAGACUGGCCUUCCCUCGUUAUCGAAACGGGUCUUUCUGAAUCCGAAGCACAACUACGAACCGAUACAUACUGGUGGUUCUCAAAUUCUAGCUACCAAGUUAAUACUGUUAUACUCUUUCGUAUCCAGAGAUCCCCCGAGCGUAAAGUCUUCGUGAAACUCUAUACUCUCGGACCUACCACCCCUAGAGUCACGCGUGGACUACAGAAAGAUAUUAGGCGUACCCUACUCUCUGAUCCUGCGUUAUCUCAAACAGACUCCCCAACAGUGUUACGACCGCACUUAGCGGCCAAAGAGAUCGUCGUUACCUCGAGCAAUGUUGAGAAUGCUCCACUAGAGCUAGAAUUCGAAUCUAUUAUGCGCCGGCCGACCGCCCCUAACACGAGGGAAAAGGAUAUUACAUUCACGGCUGAGGAUCUUGCUGCGUGCUGCCGCCACGCGCUUCCAAUAACUUGA